AUGGGGUUUGUUAAGGCUGAAGAGUUUAUGAAUCAUUACAUGAGAGUUAACAAAGAAAUAAAAGAAUUAUCUAAUAGAAAGAAUGAAGAGUUUAAAUUUAAUAUUUUUAUAUUUUAUUAUAAUAAUAUCGAUUCUAUAUGUACUGAACAUAUAUUACAUUUCCAUAAAAACUUGAAAAGAGAAAUUAAUGUAUUUAGUUAUGGUGUUGAGAAAAAAGAAGACCUAAUAAAAUUUUUUAGUAAACAUAAUGAAAUAUAUUCAAAAAAUAAAGAUUAUUAUCGUGAUUAUUUUUUUCAAGUAAUAUUAAUAGGUAUAUGUUCACAUAUAAAUACAGAUACAAGUAUAUAUGAAGAUAUCGAGAAUUUUUUUAGUAAUUUAUUAAGUAAAACUUAUUUAGGAUAUUUAAAAUUUUUUGUUAUAGAUAAUAAAAGACCAUUCAAUGAAAUUUUUUUUAAUAAUGAUAAAUGGGAACUAGUAUUAAAUGAAUUAGAACAUAAUGAAAUUAUGACUAUAUAUAAUAAUAAAAAACAUAAUGAAAAGAAAAAGUGGUUUUCUAAAUAUUAUGAUAAUUAUUAUAUAGUUAAAGAAGAAAAUAAAUGUUUAUCAUUAAUGAUAUAUCCAUUUAUACAAUGUGCUGGUGAAGAUGAUGCAUCAGCAAUUAUUUUUAUUUCGAGUAUAUCUUUAAUGUCAUAUUUAAAAACUGAACAAAUUACAUAUGAUUAUUAUAAUAAAGAAAUUAAAAAUUUACACAAUGAUUCUUUAAAUAUAUCUAAUGGACAUUUCUUAUCAUUCGAUUCAGAAAGAGGUUUAUUACCUAUGUUAUCAUUCAUAUCUUUAAAUGAAGCUCUAGAAAUAGAUGAACGUAUAUAUAUAUAUGAUCAUAAAAACGUUAAAAAUACAUUUAAUCAGAUCAGAACUAUGUGCCAUAUAGAAAUUAAAGAUUUUACAGGAAAUUUUAGACAACUAGAUUUAAAAAAACAAAAUGAAAUAUUAAUAAAAUUAAAAAAUUUUAUUAAAAUUAUAAAACCUAUGAAUACAUUAGCUUGGAAAAGACGAACAUAUGUUUUAUAUAACAGUGAUAGUUUCUAUUUCUUAAUUAUACUUAUACAUAUUUAUAUUAAUCGAAUUAAAAAAAUGGAUACAUAUCUAUAUAAUUGUUUAAAAACUUCAGAUUUUUUAUAUAAUAUUUAUAAAGAUAGAUUAAAACAAUCAGAAAUUUAUGAUAAACUUAUUGAAAAACAUUUACAUAAAAAUGCAGCAAAUUAUUUAAGUAUAUUAAUCAAAAAAGUUAUGGAAAGUCAUAAAAAAUCAAUAACAAUAACAUCAACAUUUAAAAUAUAUAUGGACAUAUUCCAAACACCAAGAAACUCAUAUACACAUCCUUUUGAAUUAAAAUUAAUAUCAAAUAUGUUCUCAUCUUUUCAGUCAUAUUGUGUUGAUAAAUAUAAAACCUAUCAUCUAAUUGUAUGUAAUAUAAUCGAUUCGGAUGAUACUAUAUUAUAUGGGUUCACACCUUUAAAUAAACGAGAUUAUUGGCCACUCAUAUUUUCAAAAAUUGCUUAUACUAAUGCGGAGCAAAUUAAUUAUGACACAUUAACCGAUGUAAAUACAAUAAAAAUCAGAAAAACCGAUUUGAAAUUCUUACUAGAUGAAAUUAAGGAUGUGUUUAGGGGAAUUAUAAAGCAUGAUUAUAAAAAGGAACUACAAGCCAACUUAAAAGGUAACAUCGAUGAUGAAGAAGACGACGAAGAUGACUUAGACGAAGAGGAAGAACAAGGCGAAGAACUCGAAGAAGAUGAUAUAAUUGAAGAGGAUUUAUUGGGAGAUCAACAAGAGGAAGAUUUGAGGGAUCAAAAUCACGACGACGAGUAUACUUAG